AUGGUUAGCCCACUUAUUGACAAAGGCCACUUCCGUCUCGGCUUCAACGGAGGCUGUUUUCUGAUGUUCGUGUCGAUUCUGAGCACUAGCUGGUGCUAUAAGUUCUGGGAACUAUUAUUCGUUCAAGGGAUCUUGACGGGCAUCGGUAUGGGCAUGGCUUUUGGGAGUGGGAUCCUGGUCCUCCAGUCGUACUUCACCAGUCACUUGGGCAUCGCAGCGGGUCUUACGUCUGCAGGUGGAUCUGUCGGUGGCAUGGUGUAUCCCGCAAUCGCCGAGCAACUCGUCUUCAAAAAAGGAUUUCCUUUUACACUGAGAAUCUUCGCCGCUGUUGCUGGAGGCACCUUAGUUGUCGCAAAUUGUAUUGUUCGUCAAGGUCCAAAUGCUAGCAACGGCAGAACUCAAAUGGACUGGGCUAUGUUCAAGGAUGUGCCAUUUCUAUUGAUGUCAGCUGGUUUCUUCCUCACCUUCUGGGGCAUCUACUUCAGCUUCUACUUCAUCGUAGCAUACGCUCAGUCUCACCUACACCUCGACAACCACGCAUCAGUCACCCUCCUAAUCCUCAUGAACGGAGCCAACCUCCCAGGUCGCCUGCUCCUUCCUCUCCUCUCAGACCGCCUCCUCGGCCCAGUCAACACGAUCAUUCCGUGCAUCUUUGCGACGUCCGUCCUCCUGUUCGCCUGGAUCAGCGCCACGAGCCACACCGGUAUCACGGUCGUUGCUUGCUUCUACGGGUUCUUCUCGGGUGCGGUGCAGGGGUUGUACAACCCGGUUAUCUGGAAGUUCGCAGACGAUCCGCUCAAGAAGGGCGUGAGGGUCGCGUUUGUCUUCAUGUGGAUCAGCAUCGCGGCACUUACGGGCAGCCCGAUCGGUGGGGCUAUCAUCAAGCGUGAGAAUGGCGGGUAUCUGGGUGCACAGUUGUUCGCUGCCUUGACUGUUCUGGUCGGUGGAUGCCUCAUGGUUGCUGCGAGAUAUGCAAAAGAGGGUUGGCGUAUAGUGAAAGUGUGA